GAGAAAGGACCGUGCCACGUGAUGCUCCCAACACACCUAGGCAUGUGGGUAACCUAAGCUGGGACGCUGUGUCCCCAGUCAAAGGGACGGGACAUCAACUAAGCUGUAAACACUGGGCUUGGGGAAUGGAGGUGCGGAGAGGGAGAGAGCUUUGGCUCGGUUCAGGGCUGUGCCUCCUGUCUCCAACUCCGCGCCAGGCUGGUGGCAUGGCUGGUUGCUGCUUGAAGAGGUCCAACAAGAGGAACCCUUGGGCAAGACCCAAAGUUAAUAGCAGCUGUCAUUUUUUCUCACAAGUGGUCAGGGUGUCUACUUGAGGAACAACACAGGAAGAGGAACAUUCACUGCCACCAGGCUACCAGUCAGGUCUUUAGGCCUGGGCUGAGGCUCUAAUUGGUUUGCUUUUCUAGCAGUACCCCACGUGAGAGCUGGCACUCGGUGUUUCUCCCCAGCAAUCAUUGCCUGUGGUCCACCAUGCCCAAGGCCAUGCUGCUUCUGGUACUGUGGGCUUUGCUGGGGGAUCUGCCAGCAGCCGAAGGCCGGACAUCUCCCUAUGCCGUAAAACUGUGUGGCCGAGAGUUCAUCCGGGCUGUCAUCUUUACCUGUGGAGGAUCUCGAUGGAGACGGGCUAGGGCAGGGGAUGCCUUUGCCGAGGAGUUGGGGGGUGAGUCCCAGGAGACCACUUCGAUUGAAUGGCUCUCUAGCCCUCUCUUGCCCCUGUCCAGGGAGCCUGAAGACUUCUACAGCAGCGUGGGAGGCCCUGGCUGGUCCGGGAUGGCCAGGAGCCGGCCGGAGUCGGAACCAGAGGCCAGGCCUGGCCAGGGCUUCCUUCGGGGUGGUCGGGAUGUUCUGGCAGGUGUCUCCAGCAACUGCUGCAAGUGGGGCUGCAGCAAGACUGAGAUCAGCAGCCUGUGCUAAACUCUAAAGAUGUCUCUGCUCUGCCUGGUUCUAGACUCCAGGUCCCCCUGCUCUCUGAGGCCCUGCUCUGGCUCUUCCCUGUCACUCUUGUCCUGACUUUGUCCUUCCUUCACUCUAUUUUCCAGAGCUAGACCAGGCCUAUUGUUAGGUUCCAGGUCCUUCCCCUUUCUCUCUGCUCCUUAUCCUUCUCUCCAAAUUUCGCCCUCACCCCCUAGCUCCAGAUCUGUAUCAUUCCUUCAACUUUGCAUCUCUCCUCUGCUUGGCCCUUGAGCUUACUCUGCUCUGAACCUGUUUGGGGAAUGGAGUCUGGGGGAAUGGACGGGGCGUAAAUUAACCCCACCCCAUCACCCUCCGGACAUCUGCUGUGGAUUGGGCAGAGUGAGAGAGAAUUCUCCUAAAUCACUGAUUUCUGGCCCAGGGGGGAAAAUCGUCCUCAAGAGUUAUAGGAUCAUAGAUUUGAAGCCCGACAGGACCUUAGAUGUAUCUCCACAGUUUGCCCUGGGAUUGGCCCAUGCGUGACUGUGAAUACCCACCAUCAUGCUGCGUUCAGUGAUACCUACGUUUUUCUACACCCAGGAUCAUUCAGUCACACGGGGAAAUGACAGUUGCUACUCUGUUCUCACUGUGGGGGAUGGGAAAAGGGUGGGUGGCUGGGGUUAGGAGGCCGGAUGCCUGGGUUCAGGAUGCGGGUUGGCCCGGGUCCAA